ACACCAACAUAAAUUUUCACCAGCCAUCAUCGCGCGAGCACUUUGCUAGUGCAGCAGCAGCAAAAAAAAAGUGAAGUUUUUUCAUUCCAUUUAUCAUUAUUUCGUGGCUCCUUCGAGGCGACGACGGCGGUCAGUAGAUCUAUUUGCAGCCAGCAGAGCAGUGUUUUGUGCGUGCAGUGCGAGAGUUAUAAAUCGAGGAAGAAAAUAUUGACGGAUUUUGCGACAUCUAGCAAGUUUUCCCCGAUCGCUAAUCGUUCCCCGUGUGUCGUCGUCAUCGUCGCUGCUGCGGGCUGAGCGGGUGUGUGUUUGUUUUGCGCCGCUCCGCUUCGGGAAAGGCAAGAAAAUCGGGAAAAAAAAUUGUUUCGAAAUACCUAAUCGGAGCUCCCCUCCCCCAGUCCACAAUCCCGUCCUCAAGAGUGCAAGAGUAGGAUAAACAAUGGCACCAAAAUAGAUUCCGUGGUGGAUUUUUUUCUGUGUGAUCUUUUCGGUUCGGGUUUUGGGGACGGUUGUACAUCGGAUGCACUUUCCGUCCUCUCUGUGAUGCAUGUGUUUUCCAGCGAAAGAAGACGCAGCAAAAGAAGAAGAAGGUGAAUAGUUUGAGACGGAGACGGAUUCCUUUUAUCGACGGCAAAGCUUGGUGCCCCCGGGGGAGGGAAAAGGAGCUGGAGGAAAAUUGAUGUGCUUGGGAGUUUUCUCCAUUCACUACCAGACACAGAGACACACAGAGGAGUUCGAAAGAAGAAAGGAGAAAGAGAUCGUCUUUUGCGAGCAUAUUAGUUGAAAUCUGUGUGGGGAAGGAAGCAAACGAGCGAAAAAAAAUCAUCUUGGACAAAGGGUUCGCAGCAGUGCAGGGCUGGACGAGACGCGCCGCCGACCGAAUCCAGUUUUUGUGUGUCAAAUUCUUUCCUUGGUGUGCCGUCAGUGCCAGUGGUGCAGCCUUUUCCGCAAACUGAUGACGAAACUAGAGUGUUGUUGUGAUAAAAGGUGUGGAACAUUCCUGGGUGGAGUGUGAGAAAAAGAUACGUCGUAACAGUGUUACGCCCCCUCCCUCCCCAUUGUUAUACUCCCGGAGGCGCGCAUGAAAGCUGAAGAAGAUUGAUUGUACUUAGGAAUAAUUCUACGAGUUGUGAAAGUUUUUUCCUCAAAACGCAAUUUCAUCCGAUACGAUCUCAGGAAGCAACAACGGCCGGUCCCGCGCUAGCUAUGAAUACAUCCGAAUUUCCGACUUCCAUCAGUCGAAACUCGCCUAAACAUGAUUUCCCCUUGCACAACAAUUACACCAGCAGCAACAGCAACGGCAGUGUCGAUUUCAACCACUAUCCCAGCCCGGGUAGUCCUGGCGGUCAUCUCCCAGGAGGAGGAGGACCACCGCCACCUCCACCAGGAUCAGCCCAGCAGCAGGAUCUAACCAUCGAUGGAAUCCAGAACAACUUUCCACACCGAAGGUCCCGAGCGUCCAGAACCUUCAAGAAUCCUCCCCAACCGCACAUGUGCAUCAAGGAGAAAACCAUCGACGGCAAGGAGGUGUUCAUCAACGUGCUCAGCUGGACCCGAAUUGCCAAUCCGGACAACCCGGACGCACCGAUUCCGCUGUACGGUGGGAUGAAAGUCGGCAAGAUUCCACCUGGCAGUCCCCGUAUGCCACCGCUCGUGUACGCCGUGAUGGCCAGUCCCGAGGUGCUCAAGAAGGCCGGGAGAAAGUGUCCGGAUACGCCGGAACGGAUGAACCUGGUUGAUCUCAUGUGUGAAUUCGUGGAGGCUAUGAACCCCACCCUGCAUUUAUCGCGAAAACCGGAAAUUCUUAAGGAUCGUGAUCUCUCCGGUGAGCUGAAGGACGUCUGGAGCGCGGUGCAGGCUUGCCGCGAUAAAGGACGUGUCGACAGCGGUCCACCGGAAAAUCUAGUCGUCUACACUGAAUUUGGGCCCGAAACGGCCCCGUCAUACGAGCAAUCUCAACAACAGCAAAGACACCAACCUCAACAGCAGCAGCACCUUCACUACCAGCAACAGGAAGAUUUCCAGCUCCGGCUCGGUCCAAACCAGUACGACCAUCAUUCAUACGAACAACAAACGCAGCAUCUUCAUCAACACGGCCGACAGUCGUCGGGUGACCCCUACUCAACCCGACCUGCCCAUCAACCACUGACCCAUGACUACUAUAAUAACCCUAGCAGCAAACCGCAGCCGCAAAAGCAUCAACAAAGUGCAAUUACAAACAACAGUAUUGAACCGAACUCAGAGAAACAACAUCCAAUCGAUGUCCCCGAUAGUGCCAGCAGCAGCAACAGUGAACAACUGAACAGCAACAGCAACAGCAGCAACAACAACAGCGUUGACGAUUUGAUCAAAGAAACCGACAGUCUGAAGCUCUCUCCUGCAGCCAGCGGAGGAGUCUCGACCAAAUCUAACGGUCUCACACUGCCAACCGGAGGUGGGGGUGGCGCACCACCGUCUCCUGCCACAGAGAAUACCGCAGCGACCUCACCAUCAUCAUCAUCAUCAUCAGCCAAUAACGAUUCCAACCCAGUGCCAGUAGCUUCCAAGCAACAAACAUCACCCACUUCGCCAACGCAACAGCAGCAAACGGCGACGGUCAGUCCAACGGCAGCCACGCCGCCGACUCCCCAGAAGGAGUCGAAGAAUUCCUCCAGCCAUAACUUUUUCCCGAUGUUCCGAUCUUCCAAGUCGUCGUCGUCGUCGUCGAACAGUGAUAAGUCUUCAUCCCACCACCAUCACCAUCACAACGAUAAGGACAAGGACAAGGAUGGCACGGGCGAAUCGACGGCACCGGAUACUCCCGUCAAGACGAGUAGCAAAAAGAGUGGACUGAACUUUUUCCGACGGAACAAGUCGUCGGACAGCAAGAAGGAACAACCGUCGACGCCGACGAAGCAGGUGGCACCGGUGGCCUCGCAGCAGCAAACGACGGCGGAAAACAACAAGCUGAACCUGCUGGUGGACGAAAGUCUAAUGCACCACCAUCACCACAUGGAGGGAAACAAUGGAACGGGUGAGAUUAUCGAAAACAGCACCGCGACCAUUGCGGCCAAAGAGAGAGCGAGAGCGAGAGCGAGAGAUGCGUGCGAAAUUUGUGAUAGGAUUGGCUGACUGCUGCCGGAGAAAAGGUGUGUGUGUGUAAAUAGCACGGAUAUAGGAAAGGUAAGUUUGAUUGAAUUUAUCAGGAAACCUAAUUGGGAGAGAUUUUGCUCGUUAGUUGCCGCUGCUACUAUUAAUAGUUGAUGUUGGUAUGAAAGGAACUUCGAUCAGAUGGCUUCGGGGUGGUGAGCAGUUUUGAUAGAGUCGGAUAGGUUCAUUUCUUAAUUUCGACACCCCAAAUGCGUCGCUAAAUCAUACCGAGCAGACAUAUGCUGAAUGCUGAGUAAUAGGUGAAUAUUGUAAAAAAAAAUAUUCUUUCGCUAAGUCAAACAAACUUGGCUACAUAUUCGUAUUACUUUUUGGGGUCUCUUAAGUGAUGCGAUAGGCGCGGAAUGGAAUUACCUUCAUUUGUACACAAUUGUGAUUCAAUAUGGAAAAUAGUUGUGUUCGUCGUGAAUGAAUCUCAAAAAGUACCAGUCACUUGAUAUUUUGACAAAAUGCAUUCGAAUCUUUUGAAUUGAUUAAACAAUCGCCUCUAUCAAACAUGGCCAUCAACCCGAAGGGAACCAAAACAAACAUUACCAACCGAAUUGAAACUUACUGAGAGCUUAGAGCUUUUUCUCAACAUUUUGAAUAUACAACUACCAACAUUAUAAAAAGAAACAAUGAAAAUGAAUAUACAAUAGCUAUGUUAGCUAUCCCGAACAGCAACAAAAGUAACGCAACUCCAAUACACUAGAGGACGAGAGAUUUUACUGUUAUCCCGAUGGAUAAGCUAGCGCGACAAAGGAAACCGAAUAUCAAAAGCUACCCACACAAAGGGGAAACAAAAUUCAAAAUCAAUCAAAAAGCAUGGUUUUGGUUCAUUUUUAAAUGCAAAAUCGCUUGAACUGAUUAAUUACGGGAGCUAUUCUCGCUGGUAGUAAGCGUUUUGCGAUUUCUAAUUUUUGCUUUUUUGGAGCUUUUACACACAAGUUGAACACCCGUUUUUCUGUACUACACUAUUUAGAACUUAGUUUGAGCGUGCGAUGUUUUGCGUAUCAUAUCUUAGGAGAACGAGUGUGGAUGAAAUCCGAAUUGUG